UCAAUUUCCAGAGUAAAAUUGUCGAGAUUUGAUUGGAGUGUGUGCAUCAAACAUCUUGAUUGAGCAGGGUUUUGGAAUUUUUAAGCAAAGUUAUAAAUUUGCGUUAAAAAUGGUUUCUGCAGAGGGUGGAGUAUCUGUGAAGAGCAUGGCGACAGAGAAGAAAUCAAAGGAGGCCCAAAAGGUCAAGGUCACUCCAAGCCAUCCUCCAUAUCGCAAGAUGAUAAUGGAGGCAAUUUCUGAGUUGAAGGAGCGCAACGGAUCGAGCCAGCAGGCGAUCACAAAGUUCAUUGAAGAGAAAUACAAGUCUCAUUUGCAGCCGAGUUUCAAGAAGGUGCUGCUCACGCAGCUGAAAAAUUUAACUAAAGCAGAGGAGCUGACCAGGGUUAAGAACUCCUUCAAGCUUAAAGCUAAGGCGGCGGCUAAGGUUUCUAGAAAACCUCAGCGCAAGAAAAUUGUGAAGAAUGCAGGCGUCGGUAAAGUUGGUAAAGCUGGUAAAGCUGACAAAAAGAAGAAAGCUGUUAAGUCGCCAAAGAAGGUGCGUACUCCUCGGAAGACGCCGAAGACUAUCAGGUCGGCCAAACCAGCGGUACAGAAAAAGUAGGGUGUCAGGGUGUUAGUGGUUUUACACUAUAUACACCUGCAAUAGUAGUUGUGGAGGGCGUGCAUCUUGCUGUGAAAAUGUUUGUAAAUAUAGGUUUUAAUGAAGGACAUGGUUAUUUUGCUGUGAAAAUGUUUGUAAAUAUAGGUUUUGAUGGAGGGCAUGGUUAUUUUGCUGAUAUGAAAUGCGCUAUAUGUAUAGUUGGUUGUGUAAACCUCGUAAUUUUGCUAUAAUAUUUAUGACUAGUAAUCUUUACCAGUGUA